AUGGCGGACGCUGAGAAAGUAGAUGAUUUCGCUGAGAGGAUCACUACCAUAGUAAGCAAGUUAAGGUCUCUGGGGGAGACUGUUGAGGAAGUCUAUGUGGUGAAGAAGAUUCUGAGGUCAACUUCACAAAAGUUCAUUCAAAUGACCUCAAAUCUAGAGCAGUUCGGGGAUUUGAAGAACACAAGCAUAGAGAAAAUCAUCGGAUCACUCAAAGCGCAUGAGGAGCGCAAGAAUUGUGAACUAAAAAAGGAGGAAGAGCAAGUUAAUAUAGCUGAGGAGAAGGUAGAAGAACCAACUUUACUGAUGAUGGAAUCAUGUGAGUUGGUUCAUACAGUUGAGAUAGGUGAUGAUCAUGUAUUACUCAAUGAGGAAGGUGACUCUCUACAGAAGAGGUAUGGAGAAGGUCUAACUACAGAGAUGGUUUGGUAUUAUGACACAGGAGCCAGCAAUCAUAUGACAGGUUCCAAACAAGCCUUCACUACUUUGGAUGAAGAUGUGAGAGGACGUGUACGUUUCGGAGAUGGAACAUUCAUUGAAGUUAAGGGAAAAGGUUCGGUGAAAUUCUAUUGCAAAGAUGAAGGGAAGCUAAGGAUGGAAAAUGUGUACUACAUCCCUCAACUACAAAGCAACAUCAUAAGUCUUGGACAGCUAGAAGAGAUUGGAGCCAAGAUUGUGAUUGAGAAUGGAUUCAUGAGAGUCUUUGAUGCCAAAGGACAACUAGUUGCUAAAAUUCCACGAGCCUCGAAUCGUUUGUACACGAUGACACAGGCGCAUUCUACGUGUCUGCUAACAAGGAAAGACACUGAAACCUGGAAUUGGCAUGAGAGGUAUGGUCACUUGAAUUUUUUGGCUUUGAAAGAAAUGGCAAUGAUGGGAAUGGUGAAAGGGCUGCCUGAGAUUCAGCAGACUUGA